CAAAUUUCAAUUCCCAAAACUCUUAAAAUUCUAAGCAUCCGAAUAUUCCAAAAUCAACACAGGCUUACGACCAGGGAACAAAUCUACUCCUCUACGUUAUCGAAAGAUAUCCGAAACCUGCGGGACAAGAACUUGGCAGACCGGAAAAAAUGAAGGCCGAGACUUUGACUCUGGUCUUGGUGAACCUGGCAGGGAUCAUGGAGAGAGCCGACGAGUCUUUGUUACCGGGGGUUUACAAGGAAGUUGGUGCCGCUCUUCACACGGAUCCCACCGGUCUCGGGUCUCUAACCUUGUUCAGAUCUAUCGUGCAAUCGUCUUGUUAUCCAAUCGCUGUAUACCUGGCCGUUCGUCACAAUCGAGCUCAUGUAAUAGCUCUGGGUGCGUUUUUAUGGGCUGCUGCCACCUUUCUGGUUGCCUUCUCCUCCACUUUCUUUCAGGUAGCCAUAUCUCGAGCUUUAAAUGGAAUUGGCCUUGCCAUUGUUGCACCUGCAAUCCAGUCCCUUGUUGCUGACUCGACAGAUGACAGUAACCGUGGUAUGGCUUUUGGGUGGCUACAACUUACAAGCAAUCUUGGCUCUGUUAUUGGAGGAUUCAUUGCAGUACUAUUAGCUCCCAUAACAUUCAUCGGCAUCCCUGGUUGGAGAAUCGCCUUCCAUCUGGUAGGACUAAUCAGCAUUAUUGUUGGUACGCUAGUCUAUCUCUUUGCCAAUGAUCCACACUUUUCAAAUGGUGGGGCGAAAUCUGGCAAUCAAAAUUCAAAUAGAUCCUUAUGGUCUGAAGUGAAGGGUCUGGUUCAGGAAGCGAAAGCAGUCAUAAAGAUCCCAUCUUUCCAAAUUAUUGUGGCUCAGGGUGUUACUGGUUCAUUCCCCUGGUCUGCAUUGUCAUUUGCACCGAUGUGGUUGGAGUUAAUCGGGUUCUCCCACGAGAAAACUGCAUUCCUGAUAGCCCUGUUUGUGAUUGCUACUUCUGUGGGGGGGCUGUUUGGGGGUAUGAUGGGGGAUUUCCUUUCUACACGUCUACCAAAUUCCGGAAGGAUCAUUCUAGCCCAAAUAAGCUCAGCAUCGGCCAUCCCUUUAGCGGCAGUACUCUUGCUUGUUUUACCUGAUGAUCCAUCCACAGGUGUGAUGCAUGGCUUGGUCUUAAUCAUUGUUGGCUUCUGCAUUUCCUGGAAUGGUCCAGCUGCAAACAAUCCGAUAUUUGCUGAAAUAGUUCCAGAGAAAUCUCGAACAAGUGUCUAUGCUUUGGACCGAUCUUUUGAAUCCAUCUUGUCAUCGUUCGCCCCACCUGCAGUUGGAAUAUUAGCCCAACACGUUUAUGGUUACAAACCUAUUAGGAAAGGGGCUAGUGAAUCUGAAGAGAUUGCAACAGAUAGAGAGAACGCUUCAUCGUUGGCAAAAGCACUAUAUACAGCAAUAGGAAUUCCAAUGGCACUCUGCUGUUUCAUCUAUUCUUUUCUCUACUUCACCUACCCAAGGGAUAGAGAGCGAGCUCAAAUGGAAGCACACAUAGAAUCCGAGAUGCGAGUACUAUUGUCAGAUACAAUGCCUGAAGGUGGAGAUCAUUCUCAAGCUCAGUCAUUUGAAUUGGAAGAACCAUAUAUCAAAGACAGAACCGUUAUCGAAGUGGAUUAUGGGGACGAGGUUGACAUUGAUCCCGAUGAAAAUGACGAAAACGAUGAGAAGACUAUCCUUUAUCAUCAAUUGUCACUCUCUUAGCAGUAUACUGUGGGUGUUACGAGAUAUUGCUUUCAUCCCGUUAAGACUUUUCUUGUGUGAACGUUGAAACCGAUUAUUGUGGUUGUUUUGCAGUGAAAGAUUAAGAUGCGGUGCAUUUGUGUUCUAACCUGCUCUGGCCUUUGUCGGCUAGACAUACUCUAAAAAGAUAAUGUAAGUAACAUUGAUAAAUUCAAAGGUAAUACACAUUGAAGAGCUACACAUAUGUUUGAA